CCACUUCUCUGCUUUCUGAAUUUUCCAGAUGUACCAUGGGACCGCUUCUUCCUCAUACAUGAUAGUAGAACCCACCGCUCUCUGAUCUGCAGUGAAGGACAGCAUUCAAGCGAAGGGUUUAUUAAUGAAAUACGAUGGGGUAUGUACAUUUGAUCUUCCUAUCUACCUUCCUCUCGGUUUCCAUGACAUUCGAAACAUUUGAUGCAAUGGAAGGUGAGGCUUUAGUUAUAAAAUGUCCCCGAUGGAGUUCAUCUGUGAAAAUCACCUGGUAUCACGCGGAUACUAACAAAAUAAUUCCUGUAGAAGAAGAAGGAUCACGAAUAUUUUCCUUAAAACGAUUUCUUUGGUUUCUGCCAACUUCUAGAGAGGAUUCUCGAAACUACACUUGUGUUAUACAUUUUUCAAAUAAUCGCACAAAGUCGUUCAACAUGAGUGUGCAGGUGCAUCCAUACAAGCAAGGAGUAUGUUUCCCAAGUCAGAUUCGUUACCCAAAUGACACUGGAAGAGGAAAAGUUGUUUGUCCUACAAUUGACAAUUAUAAGAAUGCUACUAUCAUCCAGUGGUAUAAGGACUGCAAACCUCUUCAGGGACAGAGAUACUUCAAAGGAGAAAAAUACAUUUUUAUUAACAACCCAAGAAAGGAGGAUGAUGGUUAUUAUACUUGUCAAUUUAUCUACACUCAUAAAGGAAAUGUGUUUAAUGUAUCAGCAACAAGGAUUUUCAUAAGUAAGGCAAAACACUCACCUCUACCGCCUCAAAUUUUAUUUCCAAAGGAUAAAGAUGUAAUAGAAGCUGAGCUUGGUGCUGCUUUGUCUCUGAAAUGUCAGGCCCGCCUGGGGAUUAAGAAACAGCCGAUGGCUGUUGUCACAUGGGAUGUGGAUAACAUCCCAGUGAAAUACUUAGAUUUUUCAAGAUUUCAUGAAAAAACUCAUUUUUUUGAAGGACGUGAACAAGAAUAUUACAGAGAGACCACUUUGCAUAUUACUGAAAUAAAAAAUGAGGAUCUGCAGGCAAAUUUCACGUGUGUAGCAGUGAAUGAAAUGCACAACACAAAAGCCACGGUGACGUUACAACUCAAAGCACAAUGUGGGGUGGGUCUUCCUAAAGUCCUCUUGAUCGUAGGAUCUCUAGUUCUGCUAGUUGCAAUAGCAGUAUCUUUUAUACUUUAUCAGUCCUUCCGAGUUGAUAUCGUCCUAUUUUAUCGGGAGAUAUUUCAGCCCUACUCUGUCAAGGAUGAUGGGAAGAUAUAUGAUGCAUAUGUUAUCUACCCCCAAAACCACACCAAUGAAGCUAAUUUUGUGGAAUACUUUGUUUACCAAAUCAUGCCAGAUAUUCUAGAAAAUAAAUGUGGAUAUAAACUGUGUAUUUAUGGGAGAGAUAUAUAUCCCGGAGAAGACACAGCCAGUGCAAUUGAGAAGAGGAUGCAGAAGAGCAGACGGCUGAUCAUCCUUCUAACACACCAGCUGAUUAAUUGUAAAGAACAUGCUUAUGAUCAACACAUUGCUUUAUACAAUGCCCUCAUUCAAAAUGAUACAAAGCUGAUCCUGCUGGAAAUGGAGACAAUUGGGACUUACGAGAAGCUUCAGGAAUCUCUUAGGUUUAUUAUUAAGCAGCAAGGUACCAUCAAAUGGAAAGAGCAGCACACUGUGCACCCACAGUCAUCCAAUUCUAAGUUCUGGAAACAAGUGAGGUACCAUAUGCCACUGACAUACAAGUCCUCGUACUCAGCUAAUGCCGGAUGA